UCUCUCUCUCACGGAGUCUCUCCUUCUGAAACUCUCUCAAACCCUUCGCCGCCUCUCACAUUCUCUCUCGACCCUCUCUCACAGAUUCCUCUCCCUCUCUCUCUCUCUCACGGAUUGUCUCUCCUUCUGAAACGCUCUCAAACCCUUCGCCGCCUCUCUCAUUCUCUCUCGACCCUCUCUCACAGAUUCCUCUCCCUCUCUCUCAACGAUGGCUCCUUCGACCGGAAUCCCAAACGAAUCCCGUCGUCGCCCGCGCUCUACCGGAUUACAGCUCCCAGAUAUGCGGCAAGGGAGACCUCAGUUGACAUUAUCGGAGCCUUCUGCCAUGGCCCCAUCUUUUUCUCCUCCCAUGUCUGUACCUCCUGGAGCUGUUCCUCACGCAUCUGCCGGCUCUUCAAGUGCAGCGCCUGCGGCUCCUGCCCCUUAUGUCAGGAGAAGAGAAGAUGCUCUGCUACGUGCGCCAUCUAGACGUAACCAGCCACACCUCCAUCCUGACAAGAUCAAUGGAGCAUUGUGGUUUGGUAUUGAUCCUGAAGUCCAUGCUUUUAUCCGAGCAACAUGGCAAGGAAACUAUUGGGGGUCGUGGGCAAGCUGGAACUUCGUUCCACCUGAGAAGAAGGAUCAGUGGUGGCAUGCGUUCAUUCAACACUACUACUGGGAGGACCAAUUCCAUGAUGAAAUCUACUUGAAAUGGAAGAAACAAACUCAGGUUACCGUCUGUGGCCGCAUCAGCCAGAAAAGGAGAGAUAACCGGCAACCUUCCUACAUGUCAGACGCUCACUGGGCAACAAUGGUUGAGAAGUACAACACUGAGCAAGCGAAAAAGAAGAGUGCAAAAGCUGCAAAAUCUCGUAAGUCUGCUCCAGUUGGGAAGAAGAUGCACAAGCACGGUGCAGGCCCACGCUGUUUCCUUAACAUUCAGUAUAAUAUGAUGGUUGAUGAAGGUUUGGAUGAACCACCUUCAUACACAGCCCUUGCGAGGAAGACUCACACGGGUAAAGACGGCUCCUUCUUAGACGAACGUACAGAGGAGCUGGUGCUGGAGGUUGAGGAAGCCGUUGAAGAGAUGUUACAAGAUGGAUCUCCACAUGGCGACAGUCAAACCGACUCCACUGCUGCUUCAAAUGCAAAGCGCUACCUUCUCAACCAAGAAUACAUCAAGAGAGGAAAGACAAAGAAGGGCACAAUCUAUGGCCUUGGCAGUGCUCAGUACAAGAACAGCAGUCCUUCUGUGCCAAUUCCUGUCUCACUCAAGCACAACCUUGACGUGGAUAUGCGCAUGUCUGGCUUCGAGACCACCAUUUCUGAAGUCAAGGAAGACAUUGCUGGAGUCAAGGAAGAUUUCACUGCUUUGAAGACAGAGAUCAAUGCUUUCAAGACUGAAGUCACAGGGGGGAUGUCUGCAAGCCAAGCAACUCUCAACAUUAUUCUGCAAACUCUCCAAUCUCAAGCUUCCACUCCUGCCUCAACUGCACAACCAUUUCAGCCUCAAGCUCAGCCCCAAGCUCCAGUUCAAUCUCAUCAUCAGCCACAACCUCAAGCUCAGUCUACGGCUCCACCACAACAUCUCUCGACCAAUACCCAUUCUGAUUUAGAUAGGUGGUGCCAAGAACUUGAUAUGUAAGGUUUGAUCAGUUCAUGUAUUAAGCUAUAAUAUUUUGUGUACUUUGGUUCAAAUUCAUGGAUCUUUUGAAUGUUUGAAUGUUUGAAACUUCAACUCUUAUGUAAUAUAUUUCGGUUUCAAUGAUAUUAUGACUUUCUAUUCGCA